ACCACCAAGGUCACGUGACGCGUUAUCCCAUGUGACCAACGGGGAGGCGUCGUUUCAUCGUAGAAGUAAACUUCGGAGCAAGAGUCAACACACGACAAAUACUCAGUUUAUGCACCGGACGUUCUAUGUAUCGCUUCAAGAGCUCCAAGUACAAAAAUGCCACACCUAAGGUGCCAAAGAAAGGCGAGGGCUGGGUCCUGGACAUAUCUGUCGGCGCACCGCAGUCAUUCGGCAACCACAUAAAGGCCAGCGCUUUGCACAAGGUCUUCAGUGUUGACAACCGAGGAGGUGGAAGCCUGGGCGUCUUGCCGCUGGAUGACACGGGAAAAAAGAGCAGGAACUGCCCGUUACUUCAUGCACAUUCCGACUUCAUAACUGACUUUGAAUUUUGUCCGUACGAUGACGGCCUCCUGGCUACCUGCUCCCACGACGCCACCAUCAAAAUCUGGAGGAUUCCGGAUGGCGGUGUUGUACCCAACGUGCCCCAAAAUUCUGAACUUGUGCUUCAACCUGGCAAGUCUCGCAUUGAGAACUUGUCUUUUAAUCCAGCUGUGGACUGCCUCCUGGCUGCAGCCACAGACAGUGCUCUGCAAAUCUGGGACCUAGUCAACCAAUCCGAGCUUGGCACCAAUUUGAAACACAAUGAGCUGGUACAGAGCUUGAGCUGGCGAGGUGAUGGCAACCAACUUGUGAGCUCAGGGAGAGACAAGAAGCUGAGAGUGUGGGACCCCAGGGCGCCAAGCGAGUCACUUCAUGCACCUGGCCAUGCAAAUAACCGAGACUCCCGGGUACUCUGGUUGGGAAACACCGACUACAUUCUUUCAACUGGUUUGGGCAGUGCAAGGGAGCGUGAGGUGUGCCUUCGAGAUGUCCGGAGGUUUGACAUUCCCUGCACCAGUUGGUCCGGUGACAGUGCCAUGGGAGUUUACAUACCACUGUAUGACCCCGACACCAACAUGCUGUUCCUGGCUGCUAAGGGUGACACCACAGUCAACUUUUGGGAGGUCACAUUCAAAGAGCCCUUUCUGAGCGAAGCAUCCAAGUACAUGGGUGAAGUGCAGACUAAAGGAGUGGGCCUGGUGCCCAAGCGCGCCCUGAAGGUGAUGGAUGGCGAAGUGAACAGAGUGCUCGUUCUUGGCCAAGACUGCAUUGUGCCCAUCUCCUACCAGGUGCCCCGCAAGACCUACAGGGACUUCCAUGCAGAUGUCUUUCCGGACACGCAGGCUCCAUCUCCAGCUACAACUGUGCCUGACUGGCUGGCUAAGAUCACCUGCAAGCCCAUUCCCAGGGUGAGCUUGGACCCAGCACGGAGGCCCAAGGAGGGCCUGGUGCGCACAGGACACCAGCUGGGGUCUGGCCAUUCAUCUCUGGCAGCUGCUGCAUCCCAAGAGAAGGACAUCAAUCUGGUGCCAGCCGAGUACUCAAGCGAAGAUUUCGGUGCCAAGAUCCUUUCAGAAAAGCCGAUUCCAGCUCCCAAGCCGGCUCCACGAACCAAAGUGAACCGUUGGGAAGACACCUCAGCCAGCACUAACGGCCUCAACGGGGACACUCCCGCAUUCCUGCAUAAAACAAUGCCUCAAACUCGCUCAACUAUGGCCUCCAGUACAGGACCCUCUGCAGCCCCCAGGAGCGCUCGCCGACAGCCAUCACGCAACGAGGGACGUGGCUUCAAAGUGCGAGUAUCCAAGUACCGGCACCUGAAUGGUUCUGUGGGCAGCCGGGACACUCAGAUCACCAACCUGCCACCCAUGUGCAAAACACUGCCUGGCGAGAGUGAAGGCUUCCGCGCCAACAUCGAGCGCCUUGCCCUGCCCUUGGCCAUCUCGGGUGGCCAUCUGGCAAUCCUAGAGCUGUCCAAGAGAGGCCGUCUACAAUCUGGAGUUGUUCCCAGCCUCAUCUGUGGGACCAGCAUCAUGGACUUUGCCUGGGACCCCUUUGACAACAGGCGCAUUGUCAUAGCAUGCGAUGAUGGCCGCAUUCGCGUGUGGACUGUUCCCGAGGGUGGCUUGCAUGAAAGCCUGACAGACCCAGACUUUGAGCUGAAGGGCCACACUGAAAAAGUCCACUUUGUGAAAUUCCAUCCGAAGGCUGCCGGUGUUCUGGCCUCUGGAUCCCAUGACCUGACUGUGAUCAUCUGGGACAUGGAGACUCACCAGUGCAAGAUUCGCCUUCAAGGACAUACUGACCAGAUUUUCAGUUUGGCAUGGGAUCCGAACGGUGUCUUUCUGGCCACCGUGUGCAAAGACCAGAAGCUGCGUGUGUACGACCCUCUGAGGAGUGAGCUACCCGUGCAGGAGGGCCUGGGACCCACGGGCACUCGUGGAGCCCGAGUCACCUGGGUGCUAGGAGGGAGCCACCUGGUAACCACGGGAUUUAACAAAGUCUCUGAACGACAAGUGAGCCUUUACGACAGCCAGUCGCUCUCAGCCCCCCUGACAACAGAGGGCAUCGAUGUCAGCCCAGCCAUACUGAUCCCCUUCUAUGACGAGGACAGCUCAACACUGUUUCUCACUGGAAAGGGGGACUCGACCAUCUUUGCCUUUGAGGUUGCCCUGGAUGCACCCUAUUUGUUUCCCCUGUCACACUACAAGUGCCCAGGGGGGCCCCACCAGGCAGUGGCCUUUCUGCCCAAGUUGGCCUGCCGUGUGGCUGAAGUGGAGUUUGCUUGUGCCUUCAGGCUGACCACAACCAGCGUGGAGCCACUGUCAUUCAGAGUGCCAAGGCUGCGGUCCGAGCUGUUCCAGGAUGACCUGUUUCCUGACACACGUGUCACCUGGCAACCAGCCCUGACAAGCGAGGAGUGGUUUGCGGGUGUGACAAGAGCACCGAAAUACAUCAGCAUGCGUCCUCCAGACAUGGAAUGCUUGUCUGAGGCUCCGGAAGUGCGUCCUCCUGCUCCACAUGUUCCCAGGCUACCACAGGAUGUCACUCUGGACUUUGAAGGAGACCUGACUCUCUCCAGCUCUGUCAUCGAGAGCAACAGGGAGAAAGAGGAACAGAUUAUAAAUUCCAUGAAGUCCAAGAUAAGCAACCAUCAUGACGCCCUUCCGCAGGAUAUGUUUGAGGGGGUGGAUCCGAAAGAAUGGGACGAAGACGUCUGAACUGCAGAGGCAGAUUAAAGCCCACCUCGCCUUGCACCAUCAGCUUUAGGAGGGAGUGCCAAGCGAAAGCAUUGAAGGAAUAUUGUUUCUAAGUUAUUGCAAUAUGUUCAACUUAAUCUCACUUGAACUCUUGUAAAUUAUUUUCACUCUUGCUUUCCCAAAAAAACUGCCUAAAAAUAUCAUCAGCACUGCUUGUGUGAGCUUUGUUGAACCAGUAGAAAGAUUGAGGUGAAGCCAUCAUUGCAGCCCGAGUUUUUUUUACCCCUAUCAAAAAUUACAUUUUGUGAGCAGGCAUGCGCAUUGCUUAGAUUUUUAACCUUCUCUUAUUUUAGUUUAGAGUUGAAGAACAUGUAUUCUUUGAUUUUAGUUUGGUCUAGGAGUAAUGUAUUAAAGAAAUGAAUUUAAGUAAUGAUUGAAACAAGUGAUCUGAAAGCUUAAUACUCAUGAAGAAAGGAAUUGGUCACCAUUUCCAGGUGUUGCACACCAGUGUGUUGUUUGCUCACAGUAACAUUUUCUUUUAUAUUCUUGGAUCCUUGAACUGAAUGUACACCAUAUUGAUUGCAAACAUGACAUACGCUUUACACCACACGAUCCAGCACUGUCAAAGCAAAGUAUAUACUUAAGGCUGUAUGACUGCUUAACUAGUCACACUAAUACCUGAAGUCUGAUAUUCACAGACUGGUGUGUAUUCUGAAAUGACAUGUCUGUGUGCAAGCAAUGAAGUGCUUACUAUUGUUCCAACUUGACUAUUAAAGUUAUUUUAAAGCAACAGCUUUCUUUUAAACUGCUGUGGGUGAUGCCUUUCUUUUUAUAGCUGUGUUGUGCUUGAAAUAAAAAAGACUGAGAAAGGAUUCAAAUGAGUGACUAUAUUAUACCAAUCUUGGUGUCAUCAAUUUACCUAGACUUUCAUCAGUACAAGCUCUACAUAUGUUGUUUAUUUGGUGUUAAGUUGUUGUGUGAACAAGUUGAAGUGUGCAACAAAAAUGGUUUGAUUGCGCAACAAGGCAUUUUUCUUUUUUUUUUGCUUCCUUCCUUUCCAAGUCUCAGAAUAAACUAUCAUGUUUGAAUA